AUGCUUCCCGAGGCAGCGCCAUCUGAGCAUCCAACCGACUGGGGUGGUUCCUCACGCUGUUCCAAUCUGGGACGAUGGCUGGAGCUCAUGCUUCUCAUGCUUGCUGAUGGUGGUUCUUCCGCCCAGUCGAUCCCCACCCAUGCUCGUCAGGCACAAGAACGAAGGCUGGAAGGCCAAGAAGGGUUGUGGUUCGGACAGUCAGGGGCAAGGGCCAGUCAGACUGGGGGAUCCAUGAUGCUUUUGAACCUUCCAACCAUGGGUCAGCCUCGACCGACUCAGAGAAAGCCCGAUGCACCAAACAACCAAUUUGCGUGCCUUCCAGAGAACUGUGCGUGCGGUGUGCCAGAAGUCUCUGUGAUGCGUGUUCGCCGUACCCUGAGCCGACAAGGCAGGCAGACAUAA